GGCGACAAGUACCUGAUUGAAGAAGAGGUCCCGACAUCUCCGGAUACGAAGACGGUGUGGAGGUGCAAGAGAAGGUACAUGUCCCAAGCGAGAAGACGCUAUCUUUUCAGCGUCCAAGCUCCAUAUCGAAAGAUGGUGGGGCACAAAAUAACAACGAACAAACGUCACCGACGAACCAACGCCCACACCAACCCACUCAACCCCCGUUUAUCGGCUGGGUCUCCGGCGUAGCUCCCUACUAUCAUGGUAAGAAGCCCGCAUCUCAGUGCCAUUGACGAAUCAUGUUUUGCUUCAUGACGUGGAGUCGCGGUGACAAGCGGCCACACGUCACUCUGGACCGCGCCCAUCAGCUGUUUGACAAAGACGACAUUUUUCUGUGAGAGACUACUUGAACCCCUCUCUGCCCCUCUAUCCCAGCUUCUUUUUGAUCCAUCCCAUCCUCCAUCAAACCUUUCUUCAUACCAACACAUAUCCUUCACAAUGGUUCCCGUUCCCCAAGCAACCGAGCUCAAGGACCUCUUCAGCCUCAAGGGCAAGGUCGUCAUUGUCACCGGUGCCUCCGGCCCUACCGGCAUUGGAAUUGAGGCCGCCCGUGGCUGCGCUGAAUACGGCGCUGAUCUCGCCAUCACAUACAACUCUCGCGCAGAGGGUGCUGAGAAGAACGCAAAGGAGCUGACCGAGAAGUACGGCGUCAAGGUCAAGGCCUACAAGUGCCAGGUCGGCGUCUACUCGCAGUGCGAGGAGCUUGUCCAGAACGUCGUCAAGGACUUCGGCAAGGUCGAUGUCUUCAUCGCCAACGCCGGCAAGACUGCCGACAACGGUAUCCUCGAUGCCUCCGUUGAGCAGUGGAACGAGGUCAUCGAGACCGACUUGACUGGAACCUUCAACUGUGCCCGUGCCGUCGGCUUCCACUUCCGUGAGCGCAAGACUGGAUCCCUCGUCAUCACCGCAUCCAUGUCCGGCCACAUUGCCAACUUCCCCCAGGAGCAGACCUCAUACAACGUCGCUAAGGCUGGCUGCAUCCACUUGGCCAGGUCUCUGGCCAACGAGUGGAGGGACUUUGCCCGUGUCAACUCCAUCUCUCCCGGAUACAUUGACACUGGUCUCUCCGACUUUGUUCCCCAGGACAUCCAGAAGUUGUGGCACUCCAUGAUCCCCAUGGGCCGUGACGCAAAGGCCACCGAGCUCAAGGGUGCCUUCCUCUACUUCGCCUCGGAUGCCUCCUCCUACUGCACUGGCUCCGAUCUCCUCAUUGACGGAGGCUACUGCGCGAGGUAAACGUGUCGCCCACCAUAGCGGUCGAGUGAUAGGGCAUGUAUAUAAUGUAGAGUCACCAUCUCUACAUCUUGUAACGUUAUCAUGAAUGAAUGCCCAAGGCCU